UGGAAUUGUAUACUGAAUUGGCCCCCUGUAUUUAUUUGCUAAUGACGCAAAUAUCUAGGUAAUUUCCUUAACAGCUAAUUGUUAUUGUAAACUGUACAGUAUAUGUAAACAAAGAAGUAUAUUGUAAGCUUAGACAUUGAAUAACCGCACAACUUUGUGAAUAUUGUGACGCCAAUUACAAUGAAUAUUCAUAAAUAUUGUCGAAAAAUUAUUAUAAUUAUUCUAUACUGAGGCUUGCAUGCGUACAAUAAGAUGUCUAUACCGAUAUUAUAAAGUGGAAAGAUUAGAUUGUUUGUUAUCGAUAUAUAUCGACUAGCUUUCUGCCAGCGGCUUCGCUCGCGUGGUCCGCUGGUACCUUACUCAUAGAUCUUAACUCCCCCCCACCCCCUUGCACGCGCACCCCCGCCUUGGUGACGUCCACUCCGCAACGGGCCGUGCAGCAAAAAUACUCAUAGUAAUAUUUUAAUUUCGCCAUAACUUCAAAAGCAAACGUCCAAUUUUAAUCAUUCAAAGAUCAAAUACUAUCUAAAAAAAUUCAAGAUUUAUAAAUAAAAAUUGGUUGUUGUGCCUCACUUGACAUACAGCCAGUUGCACAAACGUUCAUUAAAAUUAUCAUUAGUUUAAAGCGACAUUACCCAUACAAAUUUGACAUUCAUUAGAGCUUAAUGACGCCAAUUAACCUUAAUGGACGGUUGUGCAACUCACCGAUAGAUAGGUAUAGUGUGUCGCGGUCUAUCUACAAAAAAGAUAUUUAUAAGAUCUUCAAUUAUUUAGAACAUUUUACGGUUCUGUCUUUUAUAGUUUGGGCAGCGGACGCAAAAUAUAUAACUUUUCUGGUUGAUUUUUACACCUUGUGUCCGAAAAAGUCAAAUAUCUUAUGGAACCCUAUUUUUUCCAAAAUAAAAUAUAGCCUAUGAUCCUCGUGGAUAAUGUAGCUUUCGAAUGGUGAAAGAAUUUUAAAAAUCGAUCCAUUAGUUCUUGAGCCUAUUCAUUACAAAAAAACAAACAUACAAACAAAGUUUUUCUCUUUAUAAUAUUAGUGUAGAUAAGGCGUACGAACUUUUCAGCCCACUCGCUGAAGCGUGGACGAAAUACCUAUAGUAGGAGGAGGCCUAAGAUAGCUCGCAAGUCUGACCCAGAUAUCCGGAGUACCUGCUAGGGAAGGCGAUAUGCAUGAACACUUUAAAAAGUCCUUUUUAUUUCAUUCAUUUUAUUUUUUUAAUGUUCUCAUUAUGUUAUCAUGGGGGAUGAUGUUGCUUGCGUCCGUAGGAUUCUCCAUCUAGUCCUAGAAACACCCUACACGUGUCCCCCGGGUGGUGCUAAACAAGCAACAACGCCGAGCCACAGGCGGCGGUCAAAUAACCUGUCUACUCAUGGCUACUGCAAGCCAUUAGGGACUAAAUCCCCUAUGAACAUUGCGGUUAUAGUGCCUUGGGAAAGCACUAUUAGUAUAUUCCUCCCACCUCCAAUAAUGAAAAUGUCCAAUAUUGAAGUUGAUAUGUCAUGCGAUCCGGCUAACCCCCGGCGCUCUCAGGUACCCGGGCUUGAGAGUGUGAAAUUAGCUACCGAAGACUGCACAGGAGUAGGUAACCAGGCUUCUAUGUCGCCCAAGUAACACAUAAAAGCAGUAUAACGGCCGACUUACAGCAUUUCUGUAUCGUUUGAGCAUUUUAUAUUAGUUUUACAGUAGCCGUAUAAACGUUUAUACGGCUACCGUAAUGCUUAUUUGGGCACAAAUUAAAAAGCUUUAGAUCCUAAAUGGGUUCACAAUAGUUGCUUAAUUGCAUUACAGGCGCAUUUUAUUAGCAUUAUUAUGGUCAAGGAAGCUACCAAUCGCAUUAUAAAAACAUUAUAAAGGUCAAACAGUCGCUAAUCGCAUUACAGAAGCAUUAUGCUAGCAAUAUUAUUGAUAAUUAAGAUGUUAAUUGCAUUACAAAAGCAUUAUGCUAGCAUUAAAACGUAGUAGAAGCAUGAUUAUAACUAUUUAAGUGUUCACAGUUAGAAUUUAAAUAAACCCUACAUCAUUGCAAAAACGCCUUUAAUAAGUGGGACUUAAUGUUAUAAUAAAAAAACGUUGUAUUUUACUUUAACUCCCUAAAAACAAAACUGAGUGAAGUGCUAUUUGGGAAUUCAGAAAACUAAAUAUAUAACACUGGGUAAGUUUUUGACUUUUUUGUUAUUUCUCACCUUCAAAUAUUACUGCGCAGUGUAGUUUAGUGUAAUUGUCUAUAUAAGUUUCAUUGAAAAUUUUCACGCGCCUUUGAUAUUUUGUGGUUUUCAUAUUAAAUGUUAUUUAAAGAUAUGUAUUUAAAACCAAAACAAAUUGUGAGUUCCUAAUAUAGAAUGAAUUUUGCAUAAUUAACCUUAUAUUAUUGGUUGGGCAGUAUUAAAUUAAGUUGUUUAGUUAUGAUAUAGGCUUAUUUCUUUUUAAAUCAGCCCGAAUGAUAAUAUUUAUUGGGUAUAAAAUAUUUACAAAAUGGUGUCGAAUUUAUAGCAGCCCGGUGAGUCUUUAAAAAGACAAAUUAAUGCUGCCAGCAGUAUAAAUAUCCACGCGUGAACAAUUACUAAGCCAUUGGCUAAAGAUAAGACAUUAGAUGAACCACUGCAGUGCCAUUGUAUAUAAAGUAGUCCUAUGUGGGUUCACCUGUAUACCAAUAGACUUCAUGUAGACUGAAAUAGUGCCAUUACUUGAACCCAAUUUUGGGGGUUCUUAAGCAAAACAAUAAAACCUGUUUGCUGUUCUUGAAACUUGAAUCUGUUUGCUAUGAGUUAUCAAAAUACUUUCUGAACGUAUUAUAUAAAUAAAUAUUCUUCCGCGUAUCUUAUUGAAAUGCAUUGAGUUAUUAUUAAAUAACUAGACUCAACUCAACGAUUGGAAUAAGAAAAUAUAGCAAAAACAGGAAAUAAAAAAAUACACCAUACAUAUGCGCAAGCGGUACGUUAUGUUGCCA